AUGGGUCAAGGACAGAGUGGACUGCCGCGUCCAACGCGCGAGGAGGCUGCUAAGAAGAAGGAAGAUGGAGCAAAACAAAAGAAAAAUAAAUUUGAACCACGUGGUGGUGCUAUGACACGAAGACGCCGUAAGAAAAAAGGACCUGCUGCUGCUGUGCGCAUCCCGACUGUGUAUCCAACGGCCAAAUGUAAAUUGCGUCUUCUUAAAAUGGAGCGUAUCAAGGAUUUUCUGCUUAUGGAGCAGGAAUUUAUUCAAAACCAAGAGGUGAUGAAACCUAAACAGGAGAAAGACGAGGAAGAACGCUCGAAAGUGGAUGAUUUGCGUGGUACACCCAUGGGUGUUGGGACGCUAGAAGAAAUGAUUGACGACAAUCACGCUAUUGUUUCAUCCUCUGUGGGUCCUGAAUAUUAUGUGGGCGUCAUGUCGUUUGUGAAUCAGGACAUGCUAGAGCCUGGAUGCUCUGUAUUGCUGCAUAAUAAGGUCAUGUCAGUUGUGGGUAUUCUGGCUGAUGAUACGGACCCUAUGGUAAGUGUUAUGAAGGUUGACAAGGCGCCACUUGAGUCAUACGCAGAUAUUGGAGGUCUAGAGUCGCAGAUUCAGGAAAUUAAGGAAGCUGUAGAAUUACCGCUAACGCAUCCGGAACUGUACGAGGGCAUUGGAAUUCGUCCGCCUAAGGGUGUUAUUUUGUACGGUGAACCUGGUACGGGUAAAACACUGCUGGCUAAGGCCGUAGCUAAUCAGACGUCGGCGACUUUUCUACGUAUUGUCGGCUCGGAGCUGAUUCAAAAAUACUUGGGUGAUGGUCCGAAACUUGUGCGUGAAAUGUUCCGUGUCGCAGACGAUCAUGCACCGUCAAUUGUGUUCAUUGAUGAAAUCGACGCUGUUGGCAGCAAACGUUAUGACUCGAGCAGCGGUGGUACCCGUGAAAUUCAACGAACGAUGCUUGAGCUUUUGAACCAGCUAGACGGUUUUGACGAACGCGGCGACGUGAAGGUGAUUAUGGCGACGAAUGCCAUCGAGAGCCUCGAUCCUGCUCUCAUUCGUCCUGGUCGUAUCGACAGAAAGAUUGAGUUUCCCCUUCCAGAUAUCAAGACAAAGCGCCGCAUCUUCGGUAUCCACACAGGUCGCAUGAGCCUGGCAGAUGAUGUUGACCUGGAAGAAUUUGUCAUGUCCAAAGAUGAGCUUUCAGGAGCUGACAUCAAGGCUGUUUGCACAGAAGCCGGUCUGCUCGCACUGCGCGAGCGUCGUAUGCGUGUGACGCAAUCUGAUUUUCGAAAGGCAAAGGAAAAAGCGCUUUACAAAAAGAAGGCCAACAUACCUGAAGGACUCUAUCUAUAA